GUUUGAGCUUGACUAGUCACUGUCAGUCGCGACGCUAGCACGGUUAUCCCAAUGCUUUGUUCUUUAUAUUGUUCUGAAUCUACAUGAACACGAUGUUCUCUUGGCUACCUUCAUGGCUCCCUAGCCUACCCUCCGGCGAUUACUUCUCCUUACCCUCAAGUAUUCAAGGACGUUUCAUUUCAUUCGUCCUCAAACGAACCUUAGGUCACUUCCUCAAACCGGGUCAGCUCGAUCCACAGCAGAUAGAUUCACAAGUGGGAUCUGGGUACAUUCAGAUCAAUGACCUUGAAGUGGACACUAGUGCCGUGAACGAACUUCUUCAGGGUCUUCCUCUUGCACUAGAAUCAGGAACCAUUGGUUCAGUUACUGCCCGGAUUCCAUGGCCAAAUCCUCUCACAGCCGCCGUUGGAUUCUCGCUGAAUUCCCUUCACGUAACUCUGCAUGUACAACAAGACCGUACUCGCACGGCCCAAGUCGAUUUGUCUGAUUCGAUUGCAUCAUAUGCACAAUCUUUCAUUCACGAAGAAUUGGAAAGCACGGAAGAAGAUGUCCUCGAGGAAUCAUUACGGAUACAGCAUCACUCAAACGAGGAAGACCAUAACGUCCCCGGUGGUAUCAACCCCUUUCUUGAUACACCGGAAGAGCUUGACAAGGCGGACAUCGAUCCGGACGGGAUUUCCCUUUUUGCAGUCCUUAUUGAGCGCCUACUGGCCCGGUUCCAAGGUGACGCAAAAGAUACGAGGAUUACGGUAUUUGAUCCUGCAAGUGGGGGCAGCAUGACGUUGUCUGUAGCAGAAAUCCGUUAUCAUACUGAUGUCUCGGAGGUUGACGAAGGUCGCGGACCUCGUACCGACGAGAGCGAAGGGGAAGUUAGAAAACUCAUUAUCUCCGGUCUUUCAGUGAACGUUCGUCAAUCGAUACAGAACUGUCCGGCCAAAGAUUCGUCUCCCGGCGCCACAGGCAGUCCUUCUCCUGCAUCAUCAGAGAGCUCCAUGGAUGCUGACGCCCAAUGGACCAUGUCGCAAUCUAUUGCUUUCUUGCCUCCACGCUCUGGUUCCCCAGACAGUGCCGUAUCUGCUAGUAUGUAUCAGAGCGCGUUCUCAACCGAUAUGCCGCCCGAUUCGAAUGUCAUUCCAAGGAAUACACCCUCUCGUAGCCACCGUAAUUCUUCAAACAACUCCUCACCUGACGUUCCAAGCGAACUCUCUGAUACUUUGAUGUCCUUUGGACCAGAAUCAAUCGUCGUUCAGUUGACGACCCCACCCUUACGAACAAUCAACACAAGUCAUCAGUUCAACGUCAAACUUUCGGUGAAAGUAGGCACAAUCAGAAUAAUGCUCCGGGCAUGGCAUAUGCGGUGUCUUUUACAAUUGGCCAGCGCCAUUACAGCCUAUCCAAGUGUUCCGCCACCUACGGGAACGAAUGAGUUAAGCUCAUCUUCGGGCUCUGGAAUCCAGUUGAGUCUUGACAUUGGUGGCAUCGUCCUGCUUUUACUUCCUCAUCCACCGUCCAAAGUGGGCAGUCCCAAUUCGACGCUGGACCGCUUCUUCUCGCACCCUUUGGCCCUUCCUCCUUUCUUAGAAGAUUGCUUUCGCUUGCACGUCGAAAGAAUUUCGUUAGAGACUUCGAUCAAUAAUGCGGCAACCACCAGGAAUAUCGCAACGUUAUCCUCCACCCUCACAGUCGGAGACAUUGCACUCUUUUCCUUCCAUCCCGAUUAUAGUGGGCAGGAUGGGGAAGCCAGUGUCAUUGCAAUCCCGGUGUUGAUAACUGAUCCGUUACUGCCCACCCAAUAUCUGUCGCAACACGUUCAUCCUGGUUCCGUAGUGGAGUCAGAAGAAAUCAAAAUGCCGUUAUUUGGUGUGGUAGAUUGGACUAGUAACCAAGCCUGGCACUAUGGAACAAAAAUUUCUAGUUGGCGAACAAAACAGAAGCAAAUGAAAAGUUUGCAUGGUUCCCGUUGGCGAAGCUCUGCACCUGACUCUGGUCAAACCGAUUUGGCAGUGCAUAUUCGUCUUGAAAGGAGAUCGCCAGCAACAAAUAAGUCUUCAUCGUCAAUCGACGUAGACGCGAACAUAGUGUCUCCACUCCAUCUUUUUCUAGAUCUUCGUUGGAUAGCACUGGAAAGCGGAAUCCUCGCAUUCAUCAAUGAGAUCUCGUACGCACUACGGACCGAUGUGCCCCCGGGCACACCCCAGCAAGAUCCAGUUUCGCAGCGCAAGGCCGUUCAAAGCCAAGCACUGAAAGAUCUCGACCUACACUUGAAUUACCUUGAGGAGGGAGAAGUAGCUUCAGGCUUCACUGGUCAUGCUGCUGCGAAAGAGUCCCUUUUACAAAAGCACUCGGGCUCAAGAAAGAAACCUCUUAGUUCCUCCCGCAUCGUCAUCGGUACACCUAUGAUUCGUGUACAAACUCGAUGCCCUCCUGGAGUGGGCCACAAUCCUCGGUCAGGUGCUGUAAUUCUUGAUGUGCGAGAUGUGAAAGUUGUUGUUGGAGAGGGGUGGACUCCUAAGGUUACAUCAUUCAGUCAACCUUCAGGUGUCCAAACGUUGGAAGGCAAGAUCUUACUAUUGGUUGAAUUGGGGAUGGUUGUGUUAUCCUUCGCUUCACCUGCAUCCGAUAAAGCAACCGCUCUUCUAUCUCUAGGUUCACUUGUACGGACUGGAGGGCUUGACGAGUCUCACAAUCUCCCCGACGUACGGCCUAGGAUAGCUAUAACACAGUCCGAGCCUCGAAGGCUACAUACUUCCGUGACUACCGCGUUGAAUCUGGACUUUCCUUCUGUUGUUAUCAACCUUUCCAAGCCUGCUUUCGAUGGUUUACAGUACUGGGCUGAUGAUGUCUCCCAGACCUUACAACUCGCACUUGAAAAGGACGUUACGGGAGAGAAUGGAAGUCGAGAUACAAGCAUAAUUGGGAGUCGAUAUUUUGCUCAGUCCACAAGAGGCGGAGAUGCUAGUGUUGUUGCGCAAUCAAAGGAGAGGAAAGACGAGUUCGUCAUCAAGGCCCUCCUACAUGAAGCUUUUGUACGAAUUUCCCUCCUACGCCAGCAGGAAGAAGAAGGAAUUCUUCGUCCGGUCGACAUCGUAGCAUCUGACAUUGAUAUGCUGGUCGAAGUCAAAUCAGAGGGCCGGGACCAAACAUUCGUUACAGUGUCGGCUACGGACCUCUCGGUAAUCAAUCAUACUUCUUCUCGUGAAAACGUGACCCUAUUUUCAUUAGCCUCUCCACGGGAUCCGUUAUUGAUCUCUAAACCAGUUUUGAAACUGCGCUUUACGUCCCUUUUGAUUCCUGGAACUAUCUUCAAGGAAUCGAAGAUACGCCUAUCGUUAUGGGGUUUCAUUUACAAUUUCUCUCAUGAUACAUCUUGGAUGACCGAUUUGGCAAUCUUUGCGAGUGCACCCCCAGGAGCAUUUGAGACUGUGGUUCCCAGUGAACGUACAAGUCUCUUUGUGAAGGUCACGGAUGGCGCUAUCCAAUCAAAGGCCCCUCAUCACCCUGGUACACUCAUCGUGCAUAUGGGGGAACUGGAAUUUGCAACCGAGUUGAUUGGAAAUGCCGCAACGUUUAAUCUCAAGUUAUUGGUCCCUUCAUUGGCUUUACUGGCAAUAGAUGACGUUGCGGAGUGCAUUGAUUCCGACUUGCACCCUGAAAUUGGCGUAACAUUCUGGACGAAACGCGGGCACGCGCUGUUGGCCGAAGUCGCUAAUUUGAAACUUUCAAUCGAGAGCAAUAAAAAGAUUUCAGAUAUGAAGGUCACGAUAGAUCAAGUAGGCAUUCGUCUACAUCUUUGUGCAGAUACAAUGGCUGCCGUCACAGCAUUUAUCGAUGAUUUGGUAUCUGCCUUCACACCUGUGGAAAAUCAUCCCCCACCCAAGCGCAGGAAACGUCCCACUGUUAUAGCAGAAGACCAAGGCGAGCGCAAUACCGAUAUGUUUUCCUCGGUGGACGACCUGGCCUUUAAGCGCGUGCCCCAGAUAGGACAUGCUCCGGAUAUGAUAUAUGACGAUCUUCCAACCAACCCAGAUUACCUAGACGAGUCGUUUGGAGCAGCAGCAGGUCUCAGAGAGUUACGAGAUGAGGAUCUGGAUGAUUUCGACCAGGAUUACAUUGGUACAGUCCAUCCAGCUGAGGAAGGACAGAAACCUGGGAUCAUAUCGAAAUACGGCGGUGAAACUAUUCGAUUGUUACGAACAGAGGGUUUGCACGUAGUGGAUGAUUACUUCGACACUUUACCUCCAGAAGACACAAAUGACUUCGCGAGACUUGGAGAAACCACUGUUCAAGUUCACAUACGUAAUAGCGACGUCAAUGUCCUCCUCUACGAUGGAUAUGACUGGGCGCACACACGAAGAAUAGUCGAAACCGAGGUCAAGGAGAUGAGGAAGAGGCUGGCCAAAAUCAGACAGCUGGUAGCCAAUGGUCAGACACAGGAAGCGGUUGUCGAAGAAACGAGUACUCUCCUCUUUAAUUCGGUCUAUAUAGGUCUCGAGCAAGAUGUCGAUGAAUUGGAACCGACGGCUCUUAUGGCAGCUAUUGAUGAGGAACUGAAGGAAGACCCGGACACAGGAAGUCAGGGAUCGGGAUCAUGGCAAACGUUGCCUACUCCUCCGGGCAAAGUCAAUAGUCCUUCUACACGACCAGUUGCCCGCCGUUUGGCUCGCUCAAGAGGCUCGAAUAUCGAGUUCCAAGCAGCUGGCCUCAAUGCUACUUUUGAUCAGUACAAGCCGAUGGAACAGCUGGUUUCCAAAGUAUUUGCGACUAUUGAAAACCUCGAGAUACUGGACCACAUUAAGACAUCAACGUGGAAGAAAUUUUUGACCGCGUUGAGAGCAGAUUCCAGGGGUAAUAUUCGUGAGACGGGGUCAAGUAUGGUCAGGUUCGAAUUACGAACGCUGAAACCAGUUCCUGAAGAUCCAUCAGAGGAAAAUAGGCUCAGGCUUAAGAUCCUUCCUCUUCGAUUACACGUGGACCAGGACGCCUUGGACUUUCUUAAGAAAUUCUUUGGCUUCAAAGAUCCACGUUUCGUUUCAGCGCCAUCAGAUCCGGAUGAAGGGACCUAUUUCCGUGGAUGUCUUUAUACUAGAUUCUCGGGCUCUUCUCACUGACAAUCUGUUUUAGAACUUGCGGAGGUGUUUCCUGUAGACCUCAAACUCGACUAUAAACCACGGAGGGUUGACUAUCGAGCUUUGCGCGAGGGCAGAACAAUUGAGCUGAUGAAUUUCUUCCACUUUGACGGCGCAGAGAUGACUCUACGGCACAUAACAUUAUCCGGAAUCAAUGGUUGGGCCCGGCUCGGCGAACUUUUGAAUGACCUGUGGACACCAGAUGUAAAGGCCACGCAAUUGGUCGAUGUAAUAUCCGGUGUUUCGCCUAUCAGAUCUGUCGUUAACGUUGGGUCCGGCAUCGCCGAUCUUGUACUUCUCCCAAUAUCUCAGUACAAGAAAGACGGUAGGAUAGUACGGGGCGUUCAGAAGGGGACCGAGGCAUUCGUCAAGUCCACUGCAGCCGAGGCCAUCAAACUUGGAGCUCGGCUCGCGACCGGAACGCAGGUUAUCCUCGAGCAGGCGGAGGGUGUUCUCGGUACUGAGUUCAAACACCCGAUCACCGCUGAAACACUACAGAUAUUCGAGCCUGCUGUCGGUAUCAACGUGUUAGAUAAGGAUGACUUCACGGAGGAAGAGAUAAACCUCGUCAGUAAAUAUGCGGAACAACCCAUGAACUUACAAGAGGGCAUUCAUUCCGCAUACAAGAGCCUUCAGAAGAACUUCAACUCCGCAGCACAAACGAUACUUGCUGUUCCAAUGGAAGUAUAUGAGAGGUCGGGCAGUGAGGGGCCUGUUCGGUCUGUUAUUCGUGCCGUCCCUAUCGCUGUCUUGAGACCCAUGAUUGGGGCUAGUGAGGCUGUGAGCAAGACUUUACUCGGUUUGCACAACCAACUCGAUCCCAACCUCCGACACGAUCACGAUGACAAGUACAAACAUCGAUGAUUCGCGAUGUUCUUCUGUUUUGCUCCUCUACCUCUCCUUUUUUGCCUUUAGUUGCAUAGCUAUAGUAGCAAUCCUGUAUAGAUAAUGAAUAGACUGGGUAAACACGAAAACCGUGUAUAGGACUGUAUACGAGAGGCUCUGUUGGUAAAACGGGUUUUCGUAUGUCUUUCUCUUCUCUUUUUUUUUCAAAUCUACAGACAGUUCAAGAAGAUUCUCCGAGUAUACAGAGGGUAACCACGACUUCAGUGUCCACGCCGUGCAACCGCCAGACAUUCCUCUUGAAGGCCAUCUACCCAAAGAACCUCCACGCCUGCAAGCUUCAGCUUCUGGGCGCCCUCGCAGUUCACGAAGUCAUCGGGCUCAUCAACUCCAAUGAAGCACCUCUUUAUCUUUGCAGAAAUUAGUGCGUCAGCGCAUGGGGCGAGUCCCGAUGUUCGGAUCGAGCAUGGUUCCAUAGUGGUAUAGACGUCCGCCUCCGCCAGCACUCCACGUUUACUGAGGGCCGUCGACCCAAGCAGCUGAGACAGAUCGGAAUCCGACAGAGACUCAAAUUUAGUGAGAGCAUUUGCCUCAGCAUGAGUGUUUCCGGGUAGUUCCCGCGAAUAUCCUGUGGAUAAUACCACCGGUUCGGAUUCGGGGGUGGAACGGUAUGCAAGGACACAACCAACGCAGAACGCCGUAGGGACAGGUGUGCAAUUUUUUGCUUCAUCGAGUGCCAGGCGAAGGAGACGAAGGUGUGAAUCGAGGUUAUCUCCCAUAGUAGUGACUUGAAUGUAGGUGGUGGAGGUGUG